UUGAUGCGAAUUGAUUGCAACCGAAAAUAGUGAUAACUAUCCCAUAAUAUUUGGAAAAGCACCAGAAAUUGUGAUUGAUUGAUUAAACCAUGAGUAGAACAAGAUCAAGAGAGGAUCAAUUUAAUAUUCCACCCGAAAGGAAAGACGACAUUAAGAACCUUGUAGUCAUAAAACAAGGCGUCAAGUCAAUCAUACGGGAAGAAUAUCGCGACAGAGUGAUUCAGUUUUUGGAUCAUCGAAGCUACAAAAUGACACUGAUUUCGUCACUGGCAUCAUUGUUGGCGUUGUACAAAAUUCAAGAAGCCAUCGAUGAUGAGAACCGACAAUUUUUUCUACAAAACGGUAAAACAUUUUUCAUCGAGUGCUUUAACGGUGUUUUAGCCGAUAAAGUCGACAGAGAGGAACUAAUGCCGCCAGCUUUUCGUAACAUUGUCGAGGCACACUUCGGUGUAGAGAAUUUUGAAUGGCCCGAUAAAGAAUGCCUGGGAAAUGGUUUUAAUUAUUUCUACCAAGAUCACAUUCGAAAUAAUCAGACCAAUCUCAACACUCAUUGUUCAGAACAUGUUGAAUCGUUUUUUCAAAUGAAACGCUGGUAUUAUAACAUGAAUAUCAAUGGUCAUCAAUACAAUGGAUCAAAAUUUGACGGCAUCGAUAUACGAAACGCAAAAAACAAAUAA